AUGGCCUCCAAAGAAGACCCACCCGCGUCUGUAAAUCUCGCCGAGCUCCUCGUCGCCAAGAGUGCCAACACGCAUGCACGAGCCCUCGCCAUCAACUCAUCUUUCAAAGAAAAUCUCACGUCUGAAAACGUUGAAAAAUUCAGACCAGCCUACGAUCGACUUUCAGAGCUUCAAGUGAAACAUGAUUGUAUCCUUGAAGAAAUUAUGUCUUUAAACACUACGCUCCCGAAAAGACAGCAAAUCGAAGUUCAGAAAAAUCAAGCGACCUUCGAUGACAUCAUUCUGGAGGCGAAAUCCCUCUUUCACGAGCAUCUCCCGCAGAACGAUAAAACACGAGACCCUCCGGUGUCCCCCUCUCCCACCCCUUCCGUCUUGACACCCGCUUCGGCCGUGCGCCUGCCGCGCCUCGAGAUCCCGCGCUUCUCGGGACUCAUAAAUGAGUGGCGGACGUUUUACAACCUUUUCCGAGUCAGCAUCCAUGACUCCCCGGUUUUAAACACGGUAGAGAAGUUUCAAUACUUGAUCAGCUCACUGAACGGCGAAGCCCUUGACCUUGUCCGCGGUCUUGAUGUCACUGAAGGCAAUUAUUCCGUCGCUUGGGACAUACUUUGCCAGCGCUUCAAUUCAGAGCGCCGCCACGUUUUUCACCACUACAGCAGCCUUCUUGGCCUUCCCGAGGUCACGAAGCCAUACCACAUCUCUCCGUUCCUCUCAAAAUUGAGGGAACACACGCAGGCGCUUGAUGCUCUCAAGCACCCGCUAUCAUUAUACGACCCCCUAUUGAUCACUGUCCUGUUUCAAAAAAUCGCGCCUCACUACCGCCGGCGCCUCGAAGAGCACCGUGGUGAUACAUCAUCUUUUCCCAAAGUUGAAGAAUUAGUUCGAUUCCUCGAAAAGGAAUGCAUAGCCUCUGAUGACCCGUUGUUAAUGAAUUUAUCAAAGGACAAUUCAAAGGAUUCUUCUCAAGCAGAUUCCUCUCAAAAUCAAUCAAAAUAUCCGAUGAAAGGAAAAUUUGAUGCUAAAAGCAAGGCCCUUAUCGCAAGUAAAGCCCCAUAUCCGUGCGCUCUUUGUUCUGAGGCUCAUUACCUGGCUAACUGUCCAGAAUUUGACGUAAAGGAUCGCAAGGCCGUUAUUUCAGAGCUCGGGCGAUGUUAUGCCUGUUUCGGAAGACAUUUUCUCUCAGAAUGCAUGUCCACGAGAGUUUGUAGCGUGUGCCGCGACAAAACUCACAACACUCUUUUGCAUCAAGACAAACCCGCGUCGCCAUCUUCUUCAGAUUCGCAACCCUGCAUUUCGCCACCCAAAACCCUCUUAGGCACUUCUCAACCAGAAAAGUCGGAAGUCCUACUAGCCACAGUUAAGGUUUUGCUGACAUCUCCCAAAGGCUUCAUGUACAUUCGUGCAAUCCUGGACUCUGCGUCUCAAAGCACCAUUCUCACCACCCGUUGCGCCCACAAGUUGAACGAGACUGAGAGGGGGAGAGGGGCUCAGUCACGGUGGUUGAAUGGGGGGAUCCCGUGGGGCUCAGCCAAUAUGGUGAAAAUAGGGGGGAAACCGAGGGACCACCUCCAAAAUGGAGGAAAAGAGAGAGGGGGCUAA